UUGAACUUUGUUCAGAUCGGAAUUAAAAUGGCGAAAACAAGCAGAAACCCUAAGCAGCUCUUCUUCCUAGGGAUUCUCGUAGUGUGUAUCCCAGCAUGCAUUGGGCUUCCUGAAGGCCUGUUUUUGGGGAAACCUGACGCAAGCAUUUUCCUUCAUCGAACCCGUCGAGCUAACUUCUUCUGGGAAGAGCUGAAACAAGGCAACCUGGAGCGCGAAUGUUUAGAGGAGAAAUGCUCAUACGAAGAGGCUAAGGAGAUCUUUGCUUUGCCGCAACAACUGGAGGUUUUCUGGAGAAUGUACACAGCCGAAGAUCACUGCCUGUCGUCUCCCUGUAAGAAUGGUGGCACUUGCACUCGCAAGAUCAACACCUUUGUCUGCCAAUGUCCACCUAGAUUCCACGGAUCAGUCUGUGACAAAGCGCGCGUGACCGCCAAUGGAUGUCGCUAUAGGAAUGGAGGAUGUGAACAUUUCUGCAAAGAACUUCCCGACCGGACGCACAUUUGUUUCUGUGCUACAGGAUACAGUUUGGAUCAGAACAACAGUACUUGUAGUCCACAAGACCCUGUCCCCUGUGGACGACCAAUGGUCCAUUUUGCCCCAAGAGUUGUCAACGGAGAGAUCUGUCCCAAAGGACAUUGUCCCUGGCAGGCUCUCCUGACUGAGAAUCACCAGCAAACAUGCGGUGCUAUCAUUCUAUCCGAUCAGUGGAUUCUGACUGCAGCUCACUGUGUCUGGAGAAAGCCGAACAGCAUCCUCCAUGUCAUCGUGGGCGAACAUGACCUGGAGACGGACGAGAAAACGGAGCAGAAGCGCAGAGUUUCUAAAGUCCUGAUACACCGUGGUUACAACCACUCCAGCUAUGACAGUGACCUGGCCAUGCUGAAGCUUCACCGUCCCAUCAAAUUGGGACUAUAUGUGGUUCCCAUUUGUCUCCCGGCUAGAAACAGCUCGUUCAGCCGUACGCUGGCAGCCAUCCGACAAAACACUGUGUCAGGUUGGGGUCGCCUGUCACUGCACGGGUCGACUGCGAGAUUGCUGCAGCGUGUGGCGUUACCACGGGUCCCCCUGCAGGAGUGUCGUCUGCAUACCAAACUCAACAUCACAAGAAACAUGCUCUGUGCCGGGCUACAAAAGGGUGGCCAAGACGCAUGUAAGGGAGACAGCGGAGGCCCUCUCGUGACGCGCUAUAAGAAAACGUGGUUUUUGACUGGUGUGGUGAGCUGGGGGAACGGUUGCGCUCAAAACAACAUGUACGGCAUUUAUACCAAAGUCAGCAACUUCCUGGAUUGGAUCCAAUACCAAAUGUCCAGAUGGUGA